ACUAUUAAAAUAAAAUUCUCAACUGUGAGUUCACUGAAGUAAGAGCCCUCAGUAAGUUACAAUGAACAAGACACAGUCAAUAUGAAAUAUAUUUUUAUAACUCAAACAUAACUCAUAUGUUGUCUUUCAUUCAAUAUAUGAGAAGACCAACACUACAGCAUUUUAAGCUUUUGAAGACUUUAAUCUGCAUUUUAAAUUUUAGCAAGGAAGACUUCACAGAGAUGACUAAUAACGCUUAUGAUGUGGCUGAUACUGACUGGGGAAAAUGUCUGUUUAUCUUUAAAAUAUUUCUACCUACUGCCAUUGCAAAUAUGGAACCAGCCGUAGCUAAAAUUGUUGAUAGUUUGAGCCAAACAUUCACCCGAGAUAUAAAUGAAGCGUUGGUUGUUGUAUCAUUGAUGCUCAGCAUUGCAAGCAUUCUUCGAGCAUACUUAUCACCAAGCCAGGCAAGCCAAGGAUUUAUUAUACUGGUCAACUCAAAGGCAGACCUAAAGAAAGGACUGAUCUUUGUGAUUUGCAGUAGCACCAUCACAGCAGGGAUAUUUCUUGUGAUUGGUCUUACACCAGUGGGAUACGUCAUCCAAGUGCUGUUUCGUAUUACUGAUCAACAACUUGAAGAAAUUCAGUUUGGCUUAGCGUCCUACUGUUUGCUGUCCAUGAUCCUAAAUAUGGGGUCUGCAAUCCAUGGAUUAUUAUUAAUGAAAAAACACACCACUUUCUGUCUCCUCGCUGAGUUGUUGAGGUUCAUUGCAAAAUUAGGGUGUAUUUUCUCUCUCAUGGCUACACCCUUAAUAACUAGAAGACCAAUCUUAAUACCUAUAAUAUCAGGAUAUGUGUCAGCAUUGGUUUACCUUCUCUUUAGCUAUAUAGGAUAUAAAAUAUUCUUGAUCAAUGAGCUACCAGAUGAAAGCACAAAGAAACUGACAUACCUCAAAAUGAUUAAAGUAACACUACCCCUAGGACUACAAGAAUUGAUCGAAAGAUGUGAAACUAUUAUUCUCAGCUUUACAGUUGCACAACUAACUCCAUCUGAAUCUAUGCGAAGUAUGGCACUGGCGAACAUUCAUGUCCUCCACGCAGCAUUUUAUUCAUUGCGAAGGACAUUGGUCAGUAUCGCAACAAUGAUAUCUGCAUAUCUUGCAUCUGGGAGUAACUCAUCAUCACAUUUUGACCAUGAACUAGUUAUCUGCACCUCCAUUAUUGCAAUUGUUUCAUUUUUCAUUUCAAUUUCAAUAUGUUGGAUAACUCCCAUUACAAGGGUUAUAUUCUUAUAUUUAUUUCAUAUUUCUGAAGAAAAUUUCAUUGGAGUAUACUAUCCCUUUAAGUUGUUCACAUUCUGGCCGAUUGUUCAAACAUUUGCAUUGUUUUCCCUUGGAAUUUUACUGCAUAAGAAAGACACGAAGAUGUCAAUAGUGAGUUCUGCUUGUCAAGUCAUUAUAAUGGGUUGCCUACCAUUUGCUUUAGACCAUCUUGGAUUUAAUGUUUUACUGUCUUCAGUGAUGGCUUUGUUUACUGCUC